GAGAGAAAGAGUCUGAGACACUCUCAUAUGAGACACUCAGUGCUGUGUGGUGUUUCUCUCUGCAGCUUGUGGCUGAUAUUCUGAUAUUGAGAAUAAUUGUGGACAGAGUUCAGGACAGUGUGUGUUCUCAGAGCUGGGGUCGAGCGCUGCUGUAGAUAAAGUCAGAGCAGAGUGGCGAAUAGUGAAGUGGACGAUUUCAGACCUGAGCAGCACAGAAGAAAGAAAACAUGCCGAGAUCUUUCCUGGUGAAGAGUAAAAGGGCCCACAGCUACCAUCAACCCCGGUACCUGGACGAUGACUACAUUAGACUGGACACUAUGCUGACUCACGUGUGCGCAGAGAGCAAAUCUCAGGCGGAGUUUGAGUCGAGCUUGGAGCCACAGGAGGAUGUGGGCGCCGGCGCUGACAGACUGUCCCCCGGGUCCAGACUGCUGUCCCCGGGGUCGCUGUCCUCCCCGCUGACCUGCGGAGACAGCGUGUGUGACCGAUCCUCAGACUGUGAUUUCUGGCGUCCCCCGUCUCCCUCCUCCUCACCAGAUUCAGAGAAAUGCUCCACUCCAGCAGCAGAGGACGGUCACCACUUCAACAUCCCGCUCUUCCCUUACUCCUGGGCAGCGUACUCUGGAUCUGAGCUCAGGCAUCUGGUACAGGGAUCGUAUCAUCACCACCUCAUCCAGGGCCACAGGGAGCCUCACUCACCCUCUGGUAUCUACGGCGCAGAGGAAUGCGGCACCGAGCCGCUUUAUGCACAGCGGGGCCCGGUGUCCGGAUGCUACCAGGACUGUUCUUCAGCGGCCCACCAGCUCUGCAGGAUGCGGGGCGGAGAAGAGCUCUAUGUGGAUGUAAAACAGAAGCCCAGCAAUGCGGAUAUCAAAUCUGAAAGGGACUUCAUUUGCUCUAACCUCGAGUCAAGUGGAUCAUAUAAAUGCAUUAAAUGUUGCAAGGUGUUCUCUACCCCGCACGGAUUGGAGGUCCAUGUGCGGAGGUCGCACAGCGGGACUCGACCGUUUGAGUGCGGGAUCUGCGGGAAAACCUUCGGACACGCAGUGAGUCUGGACCAGCACAGAGCGGUUCACUCGCAGGAGAGGAGCUUCAACUGUAAAAUCUGCGGCAAAAGCUUUAAGCGCUCCUCCACGCUGUCCACGCACUUGCUCAUUCACUCGGACACGCGGCCUUAUCCGUGCCAGUACUGCGGGAAGAGGUUCCACCAAAAGUCAGACAUGAAAAAACACACUUUCAUCCACACAGGUGAGAAACCGCACAAGUGCCAGGUGUGCGGAAAGGCCUUCAGUCAGAGCUCUAACCUCAUCACACACAGCAGGAAACACACAGGCUUCAAACCUUUCGGCUGUGACCUCUGCGGGAAAGGUUUCCAGAGGAAGGUGGACCUGCGGAGACACAAGGAGACGCAGCACGGACUCAAAUGAGCAGACGUGGCGUGAAAUCCUGCACUUUUAAUGCUACUGUACAUAUGGAUGGUCGUGUUUUAUUUCGUUCUAUUGUUUGUUGUAUCGGUCUUUUUUCCUACCGUUGAAUAUCAGUUAUUUAACCUAAGGUAUUCGGGUUGAUUUAAUUGAAAUAAAAAAAACAUAUUUAUCGAA